AUGGCGACCCAAGAUAAACCCCCCUUUCCGCCUUUUACGCUGCAAACUGCUCGCCAGAAAGUCAAGAUCGCCCAAGCCGCCUGGAAUUCCAAAUCUCCCGAACUUGUACAGUUCGCUUACACCCCUGACUCCAUCUGGCGCAACCGCGACACCUUCCUGCAGGGACGCGAUCAGAUCGUCGAGUUCCUACGUAAUAAGUGGAUCAAGGAACGCGACUACCGGUUGAGAAAGGAGCUGUUUGCAUUCAGAGAUGACAAGAUUGCCGUCCAGUUCUGGUAUGAAUGGCGAGACGAGACGGACCAGUGGUGGCGAACGUACGGGCUUGAGGACUGGACCUUUGCUGAAAACGGUCUGAUGAAGAAGAGGCAGAUGAGUGCGAACGACGUCAAGAUCGGCGAGGCAGAGAGGUGGUUCAAGGACGGCGUGGACGUUGAUAGUGUUGACAUUAGUGAGAGGCACUGGUAA